GAAAACUGCAUGCCACCGACUGAAAAACAAAAAAAAAAACAAAAAAACACAACCCAGCGUGAAUACAAUGGGAGAACGUUUCAAAGAUCCGACUAAGAAUUUCGUGUGUUCCUUCUUAAACUGUAAAGCUUCAUUUUCCAAGGCAUGGAAGCUGGAAGCUCAUUACUGCAAACACACUGGGCUGAGACCUUUUGCAUGUGAUAGCUGUGAUAAAACUUUUUGCACCCGUUGCCAGCUCACCAGGCACAAUCUGAGCCACAGUGGGAAGAAACCAUACCAAUGUUUAGAGGAUGGAUGUUCAGAGAGCUUUAUCAGUACUGCACGGUUAAAGAACCAUGUUGAACGUGUGCACCAGCACAAGGAGAAGCACUAUGUGUGUGACUAUGAGGGUUGUGCAAAAGAGUUUCGUAAGAAGAAGCAACUGAGCUCUCACAAAUGUGAGCACACGAACCAGCUACCAUUUGAGUGUCAGUAUGAGGGCUGUGGGAAGAAGUACACCACCUCUAAAAAGCUGCAAAAACAUGAGAAAGUGCAUGAUGGUAUUAUAUUUGAAAGGGAGGAAAAAUUAUUUACAAAGGCCCUUGUCUGUGUUUUCACCCUCACUUCACUUCAUUCUAACGUUGAACUCGUAGGUUAUCCGUGUGCUGAAGAGGGCUGUGACUUCCAGGGAAGAACGUGGACGGAGUAUCAGGCACACAGGAAAGCAGCACACAGAGAGGCUCUGCAGUGUGACAGCUGUGUGAAGGUUUUCCAUAAAGCCUGGUUUCUAAAGAAGCACAAACUCUUCGUGCACUUGGGCGUCCGGCGUGUGUUUAAGUGCACCAAGGAGGGCUGUCAGAAAACCUACACCACACAUUUCAACCUCCAGAAUCACAUUCUUUCCUUCCACGAGGGCAUACGCUCCUUCAUUUGCCCUCAUGAUGGUUGUGGGAAAGCGUUCGCCAUGGAGGGAAGUCUGAAGCGACAUGCUGUAGUCCAUGACCCUCAGAAGAAAAAGCUGCAGAAGAAGACCAAACGAGGACGUAAGAAGAAACUUGAACCAAAGACGAAUGUUUCGGAUGCCUCUGAGCUGUCUGCACAACUGCACGGGCUGUCUCUAAACACGUCCACGUCCCAGAACAACCCAUGAACAUCGUGCAGUCAAUGAGGACUUCCUAGUUGACUUCAAUUUCAGUAUCCAGCAUAAUAUAAUUUAAAAGCACUACUACUAAUAAACUCACUUCUCUGCACCUCUGGUUUUGUGUUCAAUUAAAUGUUCAGGAUUUGGAUGGUGAAGCGAGCUGAUUCUUAAUUUAAAGGCUGUAAAUAGGAAGGUGCUGCUUCCUCCUCUUCAGUUCAACCCACAAGUUUUGUGUGUUUCAAGUCAGGGAACUGGGAGGGUCAUGGCAGGACCUUGAUUUUGUGGUCAGUAAACCACUUGUGUUGAUUUUGAUGUAUGUUUGGGAUCACUGUCUUGCUGGAAGAUCCAACCACAGCCUGUUAUAAGCUUUCUGGCAGAGGCAGUCAGGUUUUCAUUUGAUAUUUGAUCAUGUUUGAUUCAUGGUGCCAUGUAUCAUUAAAAAAAUGUCCAGGUCCUCUAGCAGAAAAACAGUCCCAAAACAUUAAAAAGCCACCACCAUGUUUAACUGUGGACAUGAGGUACUUUUCCAUAUGGCUACCUCUGUGCCAAAACCACCUCUGGUGUUUAUUACCAAAAAGCUCUAUUUUAGUUUCAUGUGACCAUAGAACCUGAUCCCAUUUGAAGGUCCAGUAGUGUCUGGCAAACUGAAGACAUGAGUUUGUUUUUGGAUGAGAGUAGAGGCUUUUUUUUUUUUUUUUUUGGGGUGUUCUUGAAACCCUUCCGAACAUGUGAUGUAGGUGACUUUGGAUUGUAGUUUUGGAGACUUUCUGACCCCAAGACGCAACUAACUUCUGCAAUUCUCCAGCUGUCAUCCUUGGAGAAUUUUUGGCCACUCGAACCAUCCUCUUCAGUGCGUUGAGACAGUAUACACAGAUGCCUGAUUCCAGGUUGAUACAUAUUUCCAGUUGUCUGGAACUUGAUUAUUUCCCUGAUGGUGGAAAUGGGCAUUUUCAAUGCCUGUGCUAUUUUCUUAUAGACACUUCCCAUCUUGUGAAGCUCAACAACCUUUUGCUGCACAUCACAGCUAUAUUCCUUGGUCUUACCCAUUGUUAUGAAUGAUUUAAGGGAGUUUGUCCUAUGUGUUAACUCAUAUUUAUACCCCUGUGAAACGAGAAGUCAUGGGUGAACAAUUUCCUGUUCCUAGUCACCCAGGUGUACUAAUUUUUUUUUUUUAAAUAUCAGUGGGAAUAUACUUCAACUAUAUUUUUCUUGUAUGAAUUCAUAGGGGUGCCAAUAAUUGUUGUACACUUAACAAAUUUUUUUAAAUUUAUAAACCUGUGGUAUUUGCAAUUAUUUGAUAUCCAUGAAAGAGUAUUUUUGUGUUUUUUUUUUUUUUAACAAAAGGUUAAACAAUUUUUCACAGCCGCCUUUGCGCAGAUUUUCCAAGGGUGCCAAUACUAGUGGAGGGCAUUGUAGAUAUAGAUAACAUGUAAAUUGUGUGUGUGUAGCUCUAAAACUGGUCUUGGUUGUACCUUUGGUUUGCCCUCACACCUGCUAACUUUAUUCUAAAGAAUAAAUCAUGGCAUGUAAAGUUUGUUUUUAGUGCCUGGGUUUAAUUAUUUAGAUGUGGGAUUGUGCUUAGUAAACUGUAUGUCUCUCUUUUUACGUCAAGACGUUGCUUUUUUUGUGUAGCAAAGCCAAGGGUUGAUAAUCUCAGU